UGUCAUACCUGUUCCCCUUGAUCAAGUGUCACGCCACCAGUAGUUUCCCAACGCUAUAUUAUUUGCGGGGUAUUGGACCGAGGUUGACCGGUUCAUCUCGCCAAAGAUGUAUUCCGAUGAAUUUUACUCGGCGUAUAUCUCAGAUCUUUCCAAGACGAGGAGGAAAAGCCCAAAAAGCACUCUCACUAUUGGGGGUCCCGGUUCCUCUGCUGACCUUUCUGAGGCCUUGCAAUAUGGUUUUACACAGGGCCAUACCGACCUUGUUGAAUGGAUCUCUGAUUUCCAGGCCCGUGCCCAUCAGCGUCCACAAGAUGGCAGCUGGAAACUUUCUAUCGGUGCUGGAAGCCAAGAUUUACUAUACAAAGCAUUUUUAGCGUUGACGAACCCAGGGGACAGCGUUUUGAUCGAGGCACCUGUCUAUGCUGGUGUCAUCCCGCUGUUGAUUUCUGCAAAAGCCAAUUUGAUCGAGAUAGCGACUGACCACAACGGGAUCGAAGCCUCAAGUCUACGAUCCAUACUCGAAGCAUGGCCCCCAAACAAACCCCUCCCUAAGUACCUAUACACUGUUCCAUACGGAUGCAAUCCCUCUGGCGCGACUGCAAGUCUCGAACGGCGUCGUCAGGUGCUCACGCUAGCCCGCAAAUAUAAGUUCCUUAUUCUGGAAGACGAUCCAUAUUAUUGGAUGUAUUAUGGAGAUGCACCUCGAUCGCCUUCCUAUUUUAAAUUGGAAGCCCAAGAGCCCAGUGAAGAAGGAACGGGGCUUGUUCUUCGCUUUGACAGCUUCUCGAAGAUCUUGUCCAGCGGAUUGAGAAUUGGGUUUGCUUCGGGUCCCGCCCCUCUUCUGGGUGUCAUGAAUAGUCACACUGCAUCGGCAAAUCUGCAACCAUCUUCUCUGUCCCAGUCAGUGACCCUGGCUAUCCUUAGACACUGGGGCAGUGAUGGCUUUAUUGCACACACCGAACAAGUCAGCAAAUUUUAUAGACAGAGAAAGGAGGUUUUUGAAGCAGCCAUGUACAAACAUAUGGUGGAUGAUGAUGGGACUAUGAUGGCAGAGUGGACCAGUCCAGUGUCGGGCAUGUUCUUAUGGUUUAAGUUGCUCAUAUCGCCAAAUUUGUUUGGCGAAAUUACCACCAUCGUAGACGAUGAAGGUGACUCCAAGACUUUGAUAGAGACGAAUGCCUUUGAGGCUGGCGUCCUUGCGCUUCCUGGGACAGUUUUCUUUGCCAUCGGGCGUAAAACAGCGUACGUCCGUGUGAGCUUCAGCGUGUUGAACGAUGCAGACACGUGGGAGGCGGUACGGAGGCUCAGCGUGGUUGUUAGAGAAGCUAGAAAAGCAAAACGGUGAAGCAAUGGGUCGCACAAUAAGAAUUCUCUUAAAUCUCUGCUAAUUUUGUUUUCUAUUUCUCUGCGAAUUAAACAUUUCUAUCAAAUCUCAGGAUUCUGCGUGAGCACGGCCCAGAAUGACUUCCACCGCC